AUAUUCAUCGUGAAAGGAAGUAUGCUUUGCAAGCCAGAAGCAUGCAGAAUCUAAAUUCAGAACAAUAUGAAGACAGCCAAGAGGAAAAUUGGACAUUCGGCAAUGAACAUGGAAAUUCUGGUGCAAGAACCGAUGACAGCGUAGUGUAUGAAAGCAUUGCAAAUGUGCCACAAAACAUGGAAAUCAGGGAAAAUGUUACCCUUCGCAAGCAUAGUCUUCGGCCAGCAAAAAGCAUGAAGAACAUUAAUUCAAGACAAAAUGAAGAUAACCCAAAUGAAAAAAGGGAAUACGAGGGUGUAUAUUAUGGAAAUAUUGGUCGGAUAGUCGACAGAAACUAUUUAGCAUCUGGUGGUGUAAAUUAUGAAGAUAUGGGUUGGAGCCCCAGCAGCAAUCAUUUACACAGACCUGAAAGAUCAAGGUCAGAUGUGAGUUACACGGAUUUGAGGAAUGACCAAAAAGGAAAAACAUACAACCAAAGAUUUCGAGAUAAUUCAUCUUUAAAUCAUGGUGAUGGAGUUUCCAGGUAUGACCUUUAUGAGGACAAAACUAAGAAAAAGUGCGUAGUCAUGUAGUCGUUGGUAAUAUUUUCAUCUAUAUUUAAAAGACGACUAGUGAAAAGUCAAAACAAGUACAAGAGGAAUAACGUUUCGUCAAAAUAUUUACAAAAACAUUAUUUGCUCAACUGUUACUGCUUAAGCUGUGUAUGAACUUUUGGAGUGUUUUCAAAUAUAAAAAUAUUGUAUGUAUAGUACAGUGUUUAACAUUUAUGACAGAUAUUCAUAUUAACAGUAGAUUUUUAUAUUGUAUAGUUAGGAAAUCAUGUAAAAUAACGCACGGUUCGAGUUAAAAUAUGCAGGAACAAAAUAACGAAGGUCUCAUAGGCUUGGAUGAUUAAUAAAAAAGUAUUUGAAUGAUAAACCGUGCAUUAAAACGCAAGAAAAAAUAAUACUAUAUCCAUUCUAGCUUAUUAAAAGAGAUUUGAUGAAAGAAAUGCUUAAUUACAUAAAGCGUAAGAGUAUUUUUCUUGACGUCACUUGGUUUAUUAACUUCAUGCCUGACGUCAUACGACAUGUAAGCAUUCAGUUUAUUUCGCCCUGCGUAAAUCGUAUUAUAUUGCACUUGACAUUAAUUUCUAUCUUUUUAAAUUCUGCCGCGUGUUAGAAUGAAAAUAAUAUCAUUUGAUAAAGUAUAGCAUGAGGUUUACAUGUGGAACAGAAGAAUAAAAAUACAUGGGAAUUUUUUUGCCCCCACUAUAGGGUGUGGGGCAUUACGAUGUACCCUUGUCCGUUCGGCCAUCCCUUCCCAUGUUGUGUUGCACGUAGCUCAGUAAGUAUUUGACCUACACUUAUAAAAAGUUACAGGAAAAUUAAUCAACAUAUGUGUUUUCGUUGGGAUUUCUUCAGUAUUCGUAGAGUUAUUAUCCUUGACUUGGAAAAAUAUGUAGUUUCCAACUUGUGUCGCAUGUAGCUAAAACGUUAUUUGACUUAGAGUGAUAAAACUUUACAGGAAUGUUGUUCAGCAUGUGCUGUUGUGUACCUUUGGUUUCGUUUGUAGGUUAAUUCUGAUUGUCAGUCUAGAGAGUUUUUGCCCUUGACUUAGUUAACUUUUCCGAUUUUCAAUUUAUGUCGUACGUAGCUCAAAAAGUCAGUAAACUAAAUAGGAAUGUCGAUUAGCAUGUGUAGUUAUGCACCUGGAGUUUCACUUGUUGAUUUAUCUAGUUUUUUCUAGAGUUUUUACCCUUCAAUUAGUAAACAUUUGCAACUUUCAACUUUGGUCGUGUGUAGCUCAAAAGUAUUUGACUUUAGGUCAUGACACUGUACAGAAUUGUUGAUUGACAGUAGUUGUGUCUUGUGUAGUUGUUUACCUUGUAGUUUGAUUGGGGGUUUAUUCAGCAUUUGAAGAGUAAUUGCCCUUGAAUUAGUAAAACCCGUUCCAUUAUGUUGUGCUACUUGUAUGUGUUCCUUGAGUGCUAGAGUUAGAAUCAACAAACUUAACACGAAUAAUGAUAAACAUCACCGUGAAGCUGUUCGCCUGGAGUUUUGCAUGUAAAUCUUUUCAAGUUUUUUAGAGUUGCCCUUGACUUAGUAUAAAUUUGCAGUUUUCAACUUGUUUACCUAUAACUCAAAAAGCAUUUGACCUGUAUGCCUGAAAGUUUACAAGAAUGUUUGUCAGCAUGUGUACUUAUGUACCUUAGGGUUUGCGUGUGGAUCUAUUCAGUAUGUGUAAGGUUCUUGCCCUUGACUAAAUAAAAGAAUUUUUCUUUUCAAUUUGUGUCACGUGUAACCAAAACAAUAUUUGAGUCAUAGGAUUGUCAAAACAGUGAAAUGUGGGCCUGUUAUAUCUACUAAAAUAUAUUAUUCUUCGACUUCUCUUUUUAAAUAUUUUAACAUGUUUGUUUGUUUGUUUGUAAGGGUUUUACGUCACACCGACACAGUAUAGGUCAUUUGGCGACGUUCCAGCUUUUCUGGUGGAGGAAGACUUCAGGUGCCCUUCCGUGCAUUAUUUCAGUCACGAACAGGCACAUAAGUAGAACCACCGACGUUCCUUAAGCUAGCUGGAUAGCUUCCUCACAUGAAAUAAUCCAAAGUCCCUGUCGGGAUUCGAACCCACAGUUAAAAACGCAUCAUUUUAUUAUACCUUUACAUAAUGUCUGUAGUAAUCAGGUUAAUUUUAAAUAGUUUGCAUGUGUUGACAAAAUUGAUAUGUGAACCUUGUCGAAUAAAUUAUGUUGAUAUAUUUCUCGUUAUAAGAGUUCAUUUUGUAAAUGUUAAAAAUAGAUUUGGAAUGUUUAGAUGAAGUAAUGAUGUUGAU